AUGUCGGCAACUCGAAUUCUAAGCCCUCGAGCUGUGGUACGGGCUUUGAUUGUGCUCGGAAUUGCCAUUUUCUACAAAGCAUAUGUACACAACAUCAUCUUUCUCAUAAUCGGUGUCGGCCGAGAUAUCCAAUCAAUUGACGAAUUCCCAUUGACCUGCACUCGCCUUGAGCACCCUCUCCUAGAAGCAUGUGAGGAUAUGUGGUUAGACGAUCAAGGACGCAAACUAUACGCAGCAUGCAGCACUAUAGAUUCUAGACAGGGAUGGAAUCCGAGUGGCAGCAAAUUCAACAUUUCCGCAAGAUCCCGCACAGAUCAUAUCGCAGUGUUGGAUAUUGACCGACCCGGCCCAGACGGAAUGUACGGCCUCCACAAGCUCAACCUUGGUGGUUUCCUUGGCGAUUUGGAUCUACAUGGAUUCAACGCGCGCAGUAUUGAAGGCAGACUUCGAUUCUGGUUGAUCAAUCACAGACCUCCAGUCCAUCCUACAACACGGGAGCUGCUUGAUUCCCCGAGCCUUGGAGCGAAUUCCACAAUUGAGAUAUUUGAUUUGGACGAUGCUUCAGAGACACUCGAGUAUGUCAAAACUAUAGCCAGCGAGGCGAUCAUCUCACCUAACGACUUGGCCGUUGACGAUGAUGGUCUGGGGUUCGUAAUUACCAAUGAUCGCAGCACCAAGGUUGGUGCUUUCGUGGAUUUGGGAAUGUUGAUUGGCUCAGGAAGUCUCACCUAUUGUCGAUCUGACACUGGAAAGUGCCAUGUCGCUGCCAACAAAGGGUUUUCCUUUGCUAAUGGCAUUGCGCAAGAGAAUGGGCUUUACUAUGUUGCUCAUUCAGUGACUGGAAUCGUGACAGUCCAUAAAUUAGUUGGCGACCAGCUGGUUCAAGUUGACAAAAUCUACACGGGAUACCCAAUAGAUAAUCUGUCGCUCGACGCAGAUGGGAACCUACUGGCUGCCGCAAUUCCGAAUGCUAUUGCGUUUAUGAAGUCUAUGGACGACCCACGCAGGGUUGUUGCCCCUGCUACCGUUCUCGCUAUUAAUGGAAUAGCCACUCAGUUGCGAACUCACAGCGGGAAGGAUUGUGAGGUCUCGAAGCUUGUGGAGGACAAAAACGCCAAAUGGCUUCCUACUUCGACUGUUGUGGUGCGCGAUGCUAAGUCGCAUCGCUUAUUCCUUGGGGGAGCUAUGUCACCAUUCAUCACGAUAUGUGAGCAGCGCAUUUAG